AUGAAGGGAGAGGAUGUGGGGGUUGACGAAGAGGAAGAGUGGGAGGAUGUCGACGAUGAGAAUGAUUGGGAGGAUGUCGAUGAUGAAGACGAUUGGGAGGAUAUGGACGAUGACCAAGAGGUGGAUGAUGUUGAUGAUGAGGAUAACUGGGAGGAUAUGGACGAUAACAAAGACCAGGAAGACACCGAGGAAGCUGAGUCUGCAUUACCAAGUUCGUUGCGGGCACUGAUGCAACCGCUGACACUCUCAAGUCCAUCCAACCCACCAACGGAAACACACACCCUAUCACAUUCAUCGCAGUACGACUCCGAGAAUGACUGCUCCUCUGACGACGAUUCUUCUGACCUCUUUGCCACCCCCGCUAACGACAACUCUUCUGUCGCUAGCUCUUCAGAUGACAGCUCUUCAGAUGACAGCUCUUCAGAUGACAGCUCUUCAGAUGACAGCUCUUCAGACGACAGCUCUUCAGACGACAUGUGCUCAGAUGACAAUUCCUCCUCGGACGACGAUCUCUCAGACGAAGAGUCCUCAGACUUUUCAGACUUUUCAGACUUUUCAGACUUUUCAGACUCCUCAGACUCUUCAUCCUCAGCCUCUUCCUCCUCAGACUCUUCCUCGUCCUCUUCCGAUGAAGACUCUAUCAACAACCCCAACUCCUCAGACAAAGCCUCCACAAAACCCUCCCCUCCCUCCACCUCCCUAUCCUUCACAACCAUCGAAGAAGCUCGCACCGCCUACUACUCCAUGUUACAGAAAGUGGAGAACCUCCUCGUAAACUGGUAUCACAAGGACGAUGUACGAGAACUUACCAAGUUCUUGAUCGAAUCUGCUCAGGCAUCGUAUGCGGAGCAGGAGGAGUACUACAAGAACAAGAAUAUGGUGUGA